AUGUCUCAGCAGAAUUACACCCAAUUAUUUCCCAUUCAGUUCUUUCUCCUGGGGAUCCCUGGCCUUGAACAUCUCUACCUCUACCUUGCCGUUGUCUUCACCGUGGUUUACGUCACAUCUGUCAUUGGAAACUUCACGCUGCUUUUCAUCAUCAGGAUAGAUCGAAGCCUCCAUGAACCCAUGUACUUCUUUCUCUGCAUGUUGUCCUCCAUUGAUCUAGUCUUGUGCAAUUCCACCACACCCAAGAUGUUGGGGAUCCUUUGGCUGAACUGUCAUGAGAUUUACUCUGAGGCGUGCCUCGCCCAGAUGUUUUUCCUCCACUCCUUUGUUAUUAUGGAGUCAGCCUUACUCUUGGCCAUGGCAUUUGAUAGAUAUGUCGCCAUCUGUAACCCUCUUAGGUACACCGUAAUACUAACAAAAUGGCUGAUAGCACAUAUUGGUGUGUUGGCGUUCAGUAGAGCGGUAGGACUGAUGCUGCCAUUACCUUUCCUUAUAAGAAGACUGCCCUUCUGUUUGACCAAUGUCAUCCACCACUCCUACUGUGAGCACAUGGCUGUGGUGAAACUGGCCUGUGCCGAUAUCACGUUCAACAACAUCUAUGGCAUAGUGGUGGUAUUUUUUAUUGGAGGGUUGGAUAUGACCUUCAUCAUCUGCUCUUAUGUCAUGAUUCUUAGAGCUGUGUUUCGACUGGCCUCCACAGAAGCCAGGACUAAGGCUCUUGGUACAUGUGCCUCCCAUAUUUGUGCCAUUCUUUCAUUUUGUGUUCCUGCCAUUUUGUCUUCUGUUGUCCACAGGUUUGGAAAAAAUGUCCCAAACCAUUUUCACAUCCUACUGGCCAAUGUGUACAUGAUGCUGCCACCUCUCAUUAACCCCAUUGUGUAUGGGGUAAAGACCAAGCAGAUUAGGACCAGGGUCCUUCAG